UUAGAGCGCAAUGAGAGCACAAAAGUAAAAAUUAAGAGAGAUAUCAACAAGUGGUAAAAACUAAUGAGUGGAGCAUUAACUGAUAUUGCUCUACUCGCACCACAAAACUCAUACUAAGGUAAACACCUGGUUAACUGAGUUGUGGUAAGUACUUACUACGUGUGUUGUGUGAGUGAGUGAAUGAAUGAACGAAUGACAGAAUCAACAAAAGAAACACGAUUUCUGUUUGGAAUUGAACCAACAGAACUGAAUACCACUGAAAAAAUAUAAUAAAAAAGAAACUCACAAAAAAAAAAAAACAAAAAACGAAAUAAAAAAUAGGUAUAAAGGAGAAAUAAUACAAUAAUCAUCAUAUUUGGUUGAUUGUUCAGGUUUUCAUACACACGGGAAACCACUAAUCAGUUGCUGUUUUGCCAUCAACCGGAGAGCGCGACUAAACGGAUAAAAACAAAAAAAUUAAAAAAAAAAUUUAAAAAAAAGAAAACUUGCUUAAAAUAUUAUUUCAUUUGAUUGUUAAAAAAAACACAAUAUUUAGCUUAAGACUAGGCCGUUUAAGGCUUAAGUUAAACAAAAGUAUACAAAGAAUAAAAUUUAACUAGGUACGAUCGCCAGAAACUUGUAAAAUUGUUAACAAUUUGUUAAAAAUCUGUUUUAAAAUUAAGCUGGAAUCUUUUAAUUUUGUUAAUAAUAUUUGAACAUUUAUUUUUAUUUUAUUAAUAAAAUAAAACUACGAAAAAGAUAAUAAGUGCAAUAAACAAAUAAUUUUAAGUUUGUUAAAAUAAAAAAUUAAAAAAAAAUCAAGAUAGGUACGAAUCACAGACAUUUUGUUGUAGAGUGAAAACACUGUAGAUAAAAUUCGAAAAAAAAACAAAAAGUAAACGAAAGUUUCUACGGUUUACUGUUGUUGUAAUUGUUUUACCAAGUGGUGUAAUUAUUUACAACCUGUUAGGGAGGAAUAAAACUUGGACUUUGUGGAAAAUCUGGAAAAGUUUUUUCUUUUUGUUGAAGUAAACAUAGAAAAACCUGUUGUUUACACUACACAUAAUGCCAAUUUUACAACAAGUACCAAAUUGUCUAUUGGUACAGAGCUGUACAAAAUAAAAACAAAAAAGUUUGACAUACAAAUAGUACAUCAACAAAUUUAUAGAGAAAACAAAUUUUAAAUGGAGCAACAAAUAUAAAUAAUUACAAAUUUAUAACUGUCCAGACAACCUUACAACGUACUGACAAAUUAUAAUUUUAAUUGUUAAUUUAAUUUAGGAUUUAGUUAGACCUGUUUUUGUUUGCAAAAUAAUUACAACCAAAAUAAAGUUACAUCAGACUUAAAAUACAAGACAUAAAUAAAAAAAAUAUACAAAAUGCAGGUUCCCGAGCAUGUGGUGUCAUUUUAUGUGGCAACGUGUGGACAAAAUGGACCCGGUUUGGGUUCGGAUGAAAAAGAAAUCAUAUUGCUGGUCUAUGUGAUAUUAGAGGCAGCAACCGGACAGGUAAUUGGUACCAAACAGAUAUUAGUACGUCCCGAGGGUACCUUCAUUAAGGAUCGCACGACAUCAACAUCAUCGGAUGCCUCAAAUACCGCCUCAUCACCACCAUUGGCCAUCACAUAUGCCGAUUCUGUCAACAACAGUAGUUGUAGUAGUAAUAAUUUAAAUUCAACAAAUAACAGUAUAAAUUCCUUAAACAUCACAAAUAACAGUUCAACGCCAACAUCUCCCACAACAACCCAAUCGAACAUCAGCAACAACAUCAACGCCACUACCAACAUACCAUCAACACCAACAUCUGCUACAACCAUCAACAAUAACAAUACAAUUGUUAACAACAACAAUAUCACAAAUGGACCAUCGUCGUUGGCCCCCGUCGAUAUCAUCGAACUACCAAUUGCUGUUGCUCAGGCUGCUGGAAAGCCACUUCAGGAAGCUAUCGAAGAGUUCGAUGAAUAUUUACGUUCAUUAUCGUUGUACGAUACUGAUUUCAAAAUUAUAACCGAUGGUCAAUUGCCCCUGCGUCAGUGUUUACAUCGCGAGGCGUGCGUCAAAGAAAUCGGACUGCCUUCAUACUACAAUAAGUUUUCAGAUUUACGCAAAGAGUUUUCCGUAUACAAGUCCGGUGAUUUGUCCAGAGCCCUGGUGCCAGUCAAAGAUAUUAAACGAAUUUUACAAAUGCCCGCUGCAGCACUACCACAAAGUAUCGGCGAAAUAAUGCAAGAACUGAACAUCACUAGUGUGGAUGAUAACGAAUUUUAUAUUCGCGAAUCUCGUGAUAUGGUCUCGGUAAUACAACAUUUACUUAAAUCAGGUCAUAAAUUUACCACAAAUGAAACUGUUAGUUUAGUGUUAGAACCUGGAAUUUGUUCAAUUGAUGAUGAAAUUGAUGGCAAUUGUAUUGUGAGAGCCCGUGGUCUACCUUGGCAAAGCAGUGAUCAGGAUAUAGCUAAAUUCUUUCGUGGUCUCAACGUCGCCAAAGGUGGCGUAGCAUUGUGUCUUUCACCUUUAGGUCGUCGUAACGGCGAAGCUUUGAUACGCUUUAUUUCACAAGAACAUCGGGACAUGGCAUUGAAACGACACAAACACCACAUCGGCAAUCGUUAUAUAGAAGUUUAUCGUGCUACCGGUGAUGACUUCCUAUCAGUAGCUGGCGGUGCUUCUAACGAAGCCCAGGCAUUCCUCUCAAAAGGUGCCCAAGUUAUAAUACGUAUGCGUGGCUUGCCCUACGAUUGCACAGCUAAACAAGUGUUGGACUUUUUCACAAAUGGCGAAAAUCCCUGCAAUGUGCUGGAUAACACUGAGGGUGUUCUAUUUGUAAAGAAACCCGAUGGUCGGGCUACUGGCGAUGCAUUUGUUUUAUUUGCUAAUGAGGGCGAUGCCCCCAAGGCCUUGGCCCGCCAUCGAGAAUCGAUAGGUCAACGUUAUAUAGAGUUGUUUAGAUCGACCACAGCGGAAGUUCAACAGGUUUUGAAUCGUUCAUUGGAUCCCAAGACAUAUGAACCAAAUCAUCAGCCACCAUUAAUUGCUCAAUUGCCAACCAUGCAGUUGUCUCUAUUGCCACAACAUCUUAUAACUUCGGGUACUACUAAAAAUUGUAUACGUUUAAGAGGAUUGCCCUAUGAAGCUCUUGUCGAACACAUUUUACAUUUCCUAGAUGAUUUUGCCAAACAUAUUAUAUUCCAAGGUGUUCAUAUGGUCAUCAAUGCACAGGGUCAACCUAGUGGCGAGGCAUUUAUACAGAUGGAUUCCGAGGAAUCAGCCCGUUUGUGUGCCCAACGAAAACAUCAUCAGUUCAUGGUGUUUGGUAAGAAAUAUCGUUAUAUUGAAGUUUUCCAAUGUUCCGGAGACGAUAUGAAUAUGGUCCUGAAUGGAGGCCUGCAAUCACCAGUACCAGCAGCUCAUGCACACCCCCAUUUGGGGGCUGGCAAACAACCAUCACUUUUAUCACCGGGUGCCUCUGUGAUUGGUCCUCCAUUUGGUCAUUUUGGUCCAUUUCCUCCACCAGGACCCAUUUUGGCUUCACCUCAUCGUGCUCCUCAUCAUCCGCAUGGUCCUACACAUCCGCCGCCCCAUCCAGCGGCAUUUUAUCCACAUCCUUUAGUUUAUUGGCCAUAUCCAAGUCCUCCUGUAUCUCCGACGACGUACUUCAAUCAGCCCACACAUUCACCCACUCAUGUGCCUGGCAGCCAUGGACCACCUAUGUAUUCUCUCGAUUAUAUACCCGCUGUACCACCAACAAACUACGGUAAUCCAGCGUCACCGCUAAGUCCACCAACAGUGGGAAUUCCUACGAACACAAAUAGCUUAAUACUCUCACCAAAUAAGACACCUACAAUGACCAUGGUGCCAACUCCCAAGCAAUAUCCGGCAUUAGCGGCUGGUCCACCACAACCCGUAACACCCAUCACACCCACCUAUCACAAUAAAAUGGCUUUACCGCCACCACAUCCACCACCAACCAGACAUACUCACACAAAUCCGUAUCACCACUAUAGUUCGCCAGCGCCUUUGCAAGGUGCAGUAGUUUUGGCUGCGCCUCCAGCACCUGCAACAGCAAUUGUAAAUACACCACCGGGUCGCAUAGUGAAAACGCCUCCAACUGAACAGCCAUUGCUUGCCAUCGAUACAAGUCACACCAUAGAACGUAGUGCAUUAAAAACGAAUCCAAAAAAGACAAAUUCAGCCACGACUGCUCCGAGUCAGCCGGUAGUAACUGCCAAGGCAGUGGUUGUAGCAACAACAGAAGCCACCACCACUCCAGCAACUGCAACUACAAAUAUGAAUGGUACAACUGCUAUAGUCACAAAUCAUUGUGUAGAAUUGUACACUUCGUAGGAAAUAUUGAACACUAACAAUUACUACUAGAACAAUAAGUGCUACUUUAAUUUAAUAAUCACAGAAACCACAACAGCAACAAAAUACUGAGAUUUCUAUUUAACGGAUUUUAUUUUAAAUUAUUUAUUUAAUCAUUUCUUCACAACUGAAAAACAAACCAACCAACCAACAAACAAAGAAUCACAAUUCCUAAUCUUGCCAAUAGAUGGCCCAUCUAUAAUUUAUUUAAAUCAAACACCUUCACAUGUGGUUGUUGCAAAAACUCAAAAAACAUUAAGCCAAGUUACAAACCUUGUGGUCUAAGAUUUAAGUAACUUUUUUAAUUAUACGAAUCUCGAAUGCUUUGAAACAACAAUUCUCCAUUUUAAUUAAACUCGUUGGCUUGUCUACCAAAUAUGUACGAGUUUUUAGAAGAAUAUUUCUCUGUUUAAAUUAUAAACUUAAUUUAAUGAAUGUUGAUAUUAAUGUUUAAAUCACAACUAGGCAAAAACAAAGUAAAUUAAAAGCUAUGUAAUUGUUUUAUUUAAUUUAUUUAAAUUCUGAACUUUGCUCCUUAAGUUAAUAAAUAAAUUCUUAUGUACUUCAUUUAUGUAAAAAGAAAAGUGAAACAACCAGUGCACUCUAGAGAAAUUAUUUGUCUAACAAAUAUAAAUUUCUUUCUGGUUAGAAUAAUUAAUAAAACAUUUUAUACAAAUCUAGUGAAUAUAAAAACUAAUAAGUAAAACAAAAUUCACAAUUUUUUUUAAAAAAUAAGUAAUCACAACAAAAAUAAUAUGAAAAACAAAAACCUAGUCAAUAGUAAAAUUAUUUAUGUUUUUAUAUAUUUAAUUAUUUAAAUGAAUGUUAUUUAAUGAAAAAAAAGAAAAAACAAAUUGGUUUACCAAAAAAUAAAUAAACAAAUCAAUAAAAUUCUUUGUAAAAAAGGCAUCUCCAAAAUAAAGAACAAUAUUUUCUUAGAAAAUUUUAUACAACUUUUAAAGUAAAUAUAAUUUUGUAAAAUUUACAAAUACAAAUAAAUACCUAUCUUUAAAACCUUGUCAAAACUCUCAAUAAUUGUUUAUGUUUGCUAAUUUAAAUGUAAUUAAACAUUCUGUUUAUUUGUUUUUAUUGUCAAGUCUAUUAAAUUGUUUUUAAAUGUUUUAAAUAAACUACAUAUGUACAUUUUAUAAUAAACAUU